CAGGUGUCACAUUUAUAGCAUCAGACUCAGUCACUGACGAUAAACAAGAUGAACAAAUACAGGAAGCAGAUGGCAGAGCAGUUCCUGAGUCAGGCCCUGGGCAUCAUCUGCCUGCUGACCGGAGAGGAAUACACCAUUGUGAAGAAGAGGCUCUCCCACAGCAGCGUUCAACAGCUGAGCGGAGAGGUGCCUAUAAAGUGUGAUGAUGUUGCUGUGUAUUUCUCUAUGGAGGAGUGGGAGUAUAUAGAGGGACACAAGGAGCUUUACAAGGACGUCAUGAUGGAGACUCACCAAGCACUAAGGACUAUGGAGACCCCAGGAAAUGAGCGCUCAGAACUAAUAGGUCACAGUGAUGAAAAUCUAUAUACAGGAGAACAUAGAGAACUGGUACAGAAUAUUCAGCCAGUGGAGACCCCGUCAGACGUCUCUGCAGAUCUAACAGGUCACAGUGAUGAAAAUCUAUACACAGGAGCACAAGGAGACCUACAGAAUAUUCAGCCAUCAGAUGUCUCUGCAAAUGACAUUAAUACUGACGUAGAUGUUAAAGCAGAAGAUCUGAGUGUAACGUGUCAGCUGGCAAUUAAGGAAAUGUGUGACAGUGACAAUGAAGGUAAAAACGAUGCUAAGAUUUCAUGUAACAAGGGAACAAACAAAAGAUCAGUGGCUAAGAAAUGUCCAACCAUCAGAGCAGGAAAUGUGUGCCAAUAUAAGUACAG